AUGCUCCAUUCAACAUUGGCCUUGUCCCUCCUGCUAAUUGCAGUCUCUUCCAAUCUUGCGAUGGCAAUCAAAAAGGAAAAAAGAGCACCUCAGACACUGUCAAGAGGUUGGGGAGAUGAAAUUACCUGGGUACAAACUUAUGAAGAAGGGCUUUAUCAAGCAAAAAAAAGUAACAAGCCACUGAUGGUAAUUCAUCACUUAGAAGACUGCCAAUACUGCCAAGCACUGAAGAAAGCUUUUGCAGAAAAUGAAGAGAUACAGGAAAUGGCCCAAAAUAACUUCAUUAUGCUGAAUCUCAUGCAUGAAACCACAGAUAAAAACCUAUCACCUGAUGGACAAUACGUGCCUCGAAUCAUGUUUGUAGACCCGUCCCUCACAGUAAGAGCUGAUAUCACAGGAAGAUACUCCAACCGGCUUUACACUUAUGAACCCCAAGACAUACCAUUCUUAAUAGAGAACAUGAAGAAAGCACUACGCCUCAUUCAGACAGAACUGUAA